AGAAGAUUGGGUUUGAUUGGUUAUACAAAGAAAUUAUAUACAGAAAAGAAAUAAAGUUCUAUAAUUAGAAGAUGGAGAAGAAGCUGAGUUUUGAUCUGUUGUUCUGCUCAUUUUUCUUUGCCUUUCUUUUGGUUCCAUGGCCAGCUAUGUCUCAAGAAGUUGAAAAUCAAAGAGAGUUCGAUUAUAAUGCAAAUGGAACGAGAGGACCUGCACAUUGGGGAGUUCUUAGACCAGAAUGGCAUACCUGUAACACUGGACAAAUGCAAUCUCCUAUCGAUUUGUUGAACCAAAGAGUUCGUAUUGUGUCUCAUUUUACAGACCUCAAAAUCAACUAUAGCUCUUCAAAUGCAACUCUUAAGAAUCGAGGACAUGAUAUAAUGUUACAAUGGAGUGGUAGAGCUGGAUAUAUGGAAGUAAAUAAAACUCAGUAUUUUCUAAGACAAAUUCAUUGGCAUUCACCAUCUGAACACACUAUCAAUGGAAGAAGGUUUGCUUUAGAAGCUCAUUUGGUUCACCAAAGCCAAACAGGAAAGAUUGCUGUCAUUGGAAUUCUCUAUAAUAUUGGACAACCUGACUACUUCUUGUCUACGAUGAGACCACAUUUGAUAGAAAUAUCAGGUACACAAAGAGAUAGGUUAUUGAACGUGGUCAAUCCAUCGCUGUUAAGGAUGCGAAGUAGUUUAUAUUAUAGAUAUAUUGGCUCUUUAACAGUUCCUCCAUGUUCUCAAAAUGUGCUUUGGACCCUAGUCAGAAAGGUUAGGACUGUUGCACCCGAACAAGUAAACUUACUUCGUGUGGCCGUCCAUGAUGACUCGAACACUAAUGCGAGGCCUCUGCAACCUUUGAAUAAUCGAAACGUUCAACUUCGAAUCAAAGCAAGCAUAGAGGGAGCAGAAUGAUUGAUUCAUAGACACACACAUACCAGAAUUAUUUCUUCAUUUUUCUUUCUCAAUAUCGUAUGGUUAUUACCAUACAUAUCUUGUUUCUUUGUUUAAUUUAUAUAUGAUAUACACAUGUGUUAUCAUUUUUAUAAUAUACACUCAAUAAUGUUUUUCUUUAUAUCAAUAUAUUGGAUUUUCAUCAA